AUGCGGAUGAAAAGCCUGAACACAAGCCCGAAGACAAGCCCGGAGAUAAACAAGCCCGGAGAUAAGUCCAAAGACAAGCUGGAAGUCAAGCCGAAAGACAGACCGGAAGACAAGCCUGUAGACAAGCAGCAAAACAAGCCUGAACACAAGCCCAAAUACAAGCCCGAAGACAAGCCCAAAGACAAGCUUGAAGACAGGCCCGAAGACAAGCUUGAAGACAGGCCCGAAGACAAGCCGGAAGAAAAGUCCAAAGACAACCCCGAAGACAAGACGGAAGACAGGCCGGAAGACAAGCCCGAAGACAAGCUCCCUGAAAAGAAGCCUGAACACAAGUACGAAGACAAGCCCGGAGAUAAGUCCAAAGACAAGCUGAAAGUCAAGCCGGAAGACAGACCGGAAGACAAGCCUGAAGACAAGCAGCAAAACAAGCCUGAAGACAAGCCCAAAUACAAGCCCGAAGACAAGCCCAAAGACAAGCUUGAAGACAGGCCCGAAGACAAGCCGGAAGAAAAGUCCAAAGACAACCCCGAAGACAAGCCGGAAGACAGGCUGGAAGACAGGCCGGAAGACUAGCCGGAAGACAAGCCCGAAGACAAGCAGCAAGACAAGCCCGAAGACAAGCAGCAAAAAAGUGCACACGAGCUGCCACAACAGAUGGUGAAUUCGACAGUCGGCGGUAAAAAGUGGAAAAAAUAUGAGUGAAAUUCGCAAAUCAGUGACACAA